AUGGAGUCGAUGCUAAUAUCGAAUACCAGUGACAACAUCGUCACAGACGCCCAACAAGAAGAGUGGAGGAUUUCUACAGAACAGAAUUCAUCUAAGUCCUCGGCGUACAAACACAAGCCCUUACCGACAACGUUGAAGCGACAUGUGAUAUUCUUGCCCCCAGCAAUUAACCUUCUUCUUCCUUCAUUGGACAAUGAUCCCAAAGAAGAAGACGUUGACCCUCUUGUAAAGAUGCUUCCACGUUCACUACAACCUAACAACUACGUUUUAUUCGCUCAACUGACGUUGUUUAGAAAUCAUUGUCAAGAGAACAAGCUGGAAAUUGAAACAAUCGCAGAAGCAUCACGACUAGCUAAUGGUAUGAAAUUUGAAAGCAAGUUUCCUUUAACAAACAGGAAAUCAGGAUUGCCUGAUUUUAACUGCACCUAUUAUAAUCAUCGGCGUCGA